GAAUUUUUUUGGCUUUAUGAAUUAUUAUCAUCAUUAAUGUCAAUAAAAUUUGCGUCGCAAUGGUUACAAUCUUUAAUGUUUAUGAUAAAAUCUGCAUUUUGUGUCGUAUUUGAUGGAUUUCCCUCAUCGGUUAUCAUCAAUUUAUUUAUUUUUUGUAUUAGAUAAAAUAAAUUCACACAAAACAGUGGUCCUAUUAAUUCGAAUGAAAUUGACAACCCAAUUGGCAAUCAAAUGAUUAUUGGUCAAACUAGAAAUAAAAUCAACUAAUAAAAUCAUUUUCGAUUUGAUUUAAUGAUGGAUGAUGAUGAUCUAUAUGAACGUGUACGUCGUCGUCGACUUUACAUUUAUGAAAAUGGACGUAAAUUCAAUGGUACUAGACCGGAAUCGGAAUCAAGUAAUGUACCACCGGAAUGGUAUGAACCACAAACAUUUAAACAUGCACAAGAAUUAUUUGAUAAUUUUCAUUCAAUAAUGGUAUUCACAAAUUUUAUGGGCCUAAUACUUGGUCUAAUGUGUGAUGAUGAUAUUUUACGUGUGUUAUUAUCUACGGGAAAAUCCGAAACUGUUGAUAAAUUAUUCACACGUUAUCUAUCCACUGCAAAACAUGUUGAAGAUUGGUAUCGUUAUGAUCCAUUUGAUACGGAAAGUAAAUCCUUUAAGUCAUUGAAAAUGGUACGAUCGAUGCAUAGGAAAGUUGCCGAUAAAUUAAAUAACAACCAACCAGCUGAUAGUCAAAUAGAAAUACGGAUGAAUCAACGAGAAAUGUUUCUAACACAAUGUGCAUUUUUUGGCAUAUCAACUUACAUACCUAAGCAGUUGGGUUAUCAUCAAUUUACUCAAAAAGAUUUUCAUGCUAUUUAUCAUUUUUGGCGUGUAAUUGGCUAUUGUCUGGGCACUGAGGAUGAAUUCAAUCUUUGCAAUGGAAGUGAUGAAGAAGUGGUGGAGAUGUGUCGACAAAUCUAUCAUUAUGAUUGUUUACCAAAAAUUCGAAAAUGUGCUGAACGAUACCCGAUGAGUAGUGCUAUAAUCAAAGCAUUCUAUGGUCAUGUAUUUCCUUUCAAUUAUUCAUCAAUAAUGCAUUAUGUGGCUCCGCUUCUUGGCUUAGACAUCAGUCUAUAUCCGUUAACAACAUUCAAAGAAUGGUUUAAUUAUCAUAUGCUAAAAUUUACAAUGGAAAAAAUGUAUCAAUAUACAUUGUUUACAAAAUUGGCUAAUCGAAAUUCAAAAAAAGCGACAACAAUGUCGGAAAAAAAACAAAGAAGCAUUGUGAAAAAAUUGAAAAAACAAUAUCCAGAUAUUUCUUUUACAUUGGAAACAUAUCCAUUUGUUUUGGACUCAAAUGCUAAUGAUUGAACCAAUUUUAAAAUUUUCCACCAAUAACCUGAACAACCGAUUCAUUCAUAAUAAUUUGAUGAUGAAAAAAAUUA